AUGGCAAUCUUAACAGUCCAAGUGCCACAGGGGGCUACUGGUGGUAGCACUCUACAGAUUACGGAUCCCGCCACUGGAAGGCCGAUGCAGGUCCAGGUGCCGGCCGGUCUUAGACCCGGUGACACAUUUAAUGUAGAGGUUUCACCAGCAGUAGUGACUGCUCAACCGUACAACAACAGUGGCUAUGGAGGCUAUGAUUCUUAUGGGAACUCGUGA